AUGCGAAAUUAUCAUCAGAAGAAAACCGAUUUCAGACUAGAUCUUUUAAAAUCUUCAACUCUCCAAGAAUUUGCACAAGAACUGCAGAACGACACUAUAAGUACUAGCACGAAUAUUCGAUGUUCAAAUGCUCCAAAGUACUCUGAAUACGUAAUAAUGUUUCAGCAACUGAAUCAACAGUUACAUUGCUGGGCAAUCUUAGGUAAAAUACGACAAUGCAGCCUGUUUCUAUUUAAUUGGCAGUAUAGAAUUAAUUAGUAUACUGCGCUGUUUUCGGUCUCUCAAUUUACAUGCGCGUAUUUAUUCAAUUUGAUGUCCCUUUGCCAAUUGCGUUGGCCAACAGACACGAUGCGAAAAGCUUUCGAAAUUUCGACUGUAGAGAGAUCGUUACACGCGAUAACAAAACCAACGCCUGUUUACAAUGCGAUGCACGCGCGUGUGCAUAUUACCGUGCAGACGUACGGUUAAUUAAUUAAUUACGAAGGAUGUUCGAAUACGAAGGAUAUUCGCAUGCUUACUGGGGAAUAAUAUGAGCAAUUUGGUAUCCAUAGCUAGUGGAGGUUAAUUUAACUAUGGAUUUGACAAACAAUGCGAGAUAUUAUAUGUAUAAACAUACACAUAUAUUUAUACACACACGUAUGUAUAUAUAGAUGUAUCACAGAUAUGUAGAUGUACGUACAUAGAAAUAUGUGCAGAUUUUCCUAUGCAUUUGUAGGAAAUUAUAAAAUACAGAGACGCUAAAUCACAAUUGGAACAUUGUAUCGUAAAAAUAUUCAUUUUCGUGCUCUUGUAACUUUGCGUGGAAAGAUUGUAGGGCAUCUUAAUAUUUUAAAGUGCGGAAUCUCUGCUUCAGCGUCUCCGCUUUAAUAUCUUUUAAAAAUUUCACAAAUCUGCCAUAUUCGUUUUAAUACGAUUUUUUUUUUUCGGCGAAGAUCUCCCCUUUAUAGUGAAGAUCUACGAUUUCUUUCGGCGUAGUUCUAUUACACUUUAAUCCAAGAAUGGAAUUUAUCAGAUUCCGAAGGAAAUUUCUCAGUGAAAUUGAAUUCUAUCAAAAAUACACAGUAAUCUCAGUGAGAAAGUAUACGACAAUAAUAAGUAUUAUUAUCAGCGUUUAUUGCAAUAUCGAAGAUAUACAACAGGGAAAAAAUUGAAGUUAUACCUUCUGAUUUUUAUAGUCUGGACAACAAAGGAUUAACCCCUUCACACGUAUAAAAGAAAUAUCCCGUCACGAAAUGUCGUUCAUGAUUCGCUUUGUACGAGAUAUUCUACAACACAAUGCCAUUCACACGACGCUUUUAAUAAAAUAUUUCACAAUUCAAUGUUAUUCAUGCGACGCUUUAGACGAGUUAUCUCGCAAUACAAUAUCGUUCGUACGACGCUUUGAGUGGAGUAUUAUUUCUCGCGUCUCGAAUUAUUUCAUGUGACAGAAAAUAAUAUUUGUUUGUAAUAUUUGUCCUGUAACAUUUUAUUUAUCUAUUUGUUUAACAUUAUUGCAGUCGAAAAAAAGAAAAGAAAAACAUGCAGCGUAUCGCGGAGAGAUUGCAAAAUCUUACGCAAUUUCAGAUUUUUAUCAGUAAAUGUAAAUAGGAAUUUUUUUUUCUGUCCGUUAAUUAUCGUACUAUUAGAGAAGAGUGCUGUGCUAGGGAUAUUUCUGCAUACUGCACGAGUUUGUACAUAAAAAAAGUCCACGAGAAAGAUUAAGUCAUUGGACGUUUCAUUUGCAAUAUUUUUUUCAAUCACUUUGUCCACCGUCGAAUAUUCUUUUUAACAUUGUAAUUAUUGGAAACAGAAUUCCAAGAUGUCUUCUUCGUCGUUAUUUCUCCUAGCCAUAGUUCACAGCUUAAAGACAUUUAUGUAUUCUUAACAUUAUGAUUGGGCCCCGAUAGUUUAGAAGACAGACCAGUUAAAUAUUUUCUUCGUUGAUAAAACUUCUCAGAACAAAAUUACAUUAUUUCGAAAGGUCCUCAGGGCCAUAUAAAAACCCCGAAUCCAUCCAUCCAAAGGGAAAUUGUCAAUUUACCUGUAGAACCUCGUGAAGUCAACGAAAUCUUAAAGAUUUAACUUGUCUUCUGUUUUGUUUCAGAUCCCCUCUGGAAGGAAACAGGCAAAAGCGAGCGUUUGGCGGUGGUUUCCGGGUUAUCACGUGCCCGGAAGCGCGAUCGUUCCUCGGCUGA